AUGUCUCGACACGCAUCGUCAGGACAGCAAUAUCAGCUCGUCUCCCCUGGCACACCAGCUGAUCCUCGAGCCAUGAGCCAAAACAACAAGGAUCAGCUGAUCCAAUCGCUCCGAACACACCGCGUCAACACAAUCACAGAGCUGCGCCGCAUUGAGAAGAUCUUUGCUUACCUGGACUCGGCCGAGGUGACCGAGCCUAUGACCACGGCGUGGGCGCAUUACGUCAACUCCAACAACCUCCUGAACGAGCUUCGCGGCUUGACCAGGACGUACCCGUUCAGCUCGGAAUGUUUGGACGAGGCAAAGGCUAUGGUCGUGCGCGAUCCCAGCAGCACCCGCAGCUGGAACUACUGCUGGCUAGUGCUGGUCAAGAUGGAGAAAGAGAACCUUGUCACCAAGCACGCGCGAGCCCUGGCGUCCAAGGCUAGCACCUGGGGUGGUCGACGACCGACGGCCACGGAGUUUGAGAAGCUAGUCAAUGCCUGUGUGGCGGAAUGGACCCGAGCUCUCAGGCAGAUGCUCAAGCACUGGGAUAAGCCACCGAGCACGACUGGAAACUGA